AUGGACGCCCCGGAGCAGCAGCCCGACCCCGACGGCGGGGGCGCCCCGGGCCACGAGCCCGGGGGCAGCUCCCAAGACGAAUUCGACUUCUCCAUCCUCUUCGACUAUGACUAUUUGAAUCCCAUCGAAGAAGAACCGAAUGCACAUAAGGUCGUCAGCCCACCCUCCGGACCCACAUACCCCGACGAUGUCCUGGACUAUGGCCUCAAGCCAUACAACCCCCUUGCCAGUCUCUCUGCCCAGACCCCCGGCCGAUUCGGAGAGCCGGAUAGGCUAGGGCCCCAGAACUUUCUGAGCCCGGCCAAGCCAGCAGGGGCCUCGGGCCUGAGCCCUCGGAUCGAGAUCACUCCGUCCCACGAACUGAUGCAGGCAGGGGGCCCCCUCCGUGGGAGAGACGCUGGCCUCCUGGCAGAGCAGCCGGCCCUGCCGGGGGUGGCCGCCAGCCCCAGGUUCACCCUGCCCGUGCCCGGCUUCGAGGGCUACCGCGAGCCGCUUUGCUUGAGCCCUGCUAGCAGCGGCUCCUCUGCCAGCUUCAUUUCCGACACCUUCUCCCCCUACACCUCGCCCUGCGUCUCGCCCAAUAACGGCGGGCCCGACGACCUGUGUCCCCAGUUUCAAAACAUCCCUGCUCAUUAUUCCCCCAGAACCUCGCCAAUAAUGUCACCUCGAACCAGCCUCGCCGAGGACAGCUGCCUGGGCCGCCACUCGCCAGUGCCCCGUCCGGCCUCCCGCUCCUCGUCGCCUGGUGCCAAGCGGAGGCAUUCGUGCGCCGAGGCCUUGGUGGCCCCUCUGCCCGGAGCCUCACCCCAGCGCUCCCGGAGCCCCUCACCGCAGCCCUCGUCUCACGGGGCCCCCCAGGACGACGGCGCCCCGGCUGGCUACCCUCCCACGGCUGGCUCUGCUGUCCUCAUGGAUGCCCUGAACAGCCUCGCCACGGACUCGCCUUGUGGGAUCCCCCCCAAGAUGUGGAAGACCAGCCCUGACCCGUCGCCGGUGUCCGCCGCCCCCUCCAAGGCCUGCCUGCCCCGCCACAUCUACCCUGCCAUGGAGUUCCUGGGGCCCUGCGAGCAGGAGGAGAAGAGAAACUCAGCUCCCGAGUCCAUCUUGCUGGUGCCACCAACUUGGCCCAAGCAGCUGGUGCCGGCUAUUCCCAUCUGCAGCAUCCCAGUGACUGCAUCCCUCCCUCCACUUGAGUGGCCACUCUCCAAUCAGUCAGGCUCCUAUGAGCUGCGGAUCGAGGUACAGCCAAAGCCACAUCACCGGGCCCACUAUGAGACAGAAGGCAGCCGAGGGGCUGUCAAAGCUCCAACUGGAGGCCACCCUGUGGUUCAGCUCCAUGGCUACGUGGAAAAUAAGCCUCUGGGGCUUCAGAUCUUCAUUGGGACAGCAGAUGAGCGGAUCCUUAAGCCACACGCCUUCUACCAGGUGCACCGGAUCACAGGGAAAACCGUCACCACCACCAGCUAUGAGAAGAUUGUGGGCAACACCAAAGUCCUGGAGAUCCCGCUGGAGCCAAAAAACAACAUGAGGGCAACCAUCGACUGUGCAGGGAUCCUGAAACUUAGAAAUGCCGACAUUGAGCUGCGGAAAGGCGAGACAGACAUUGGAAGAAAGAACACGCGAGUGAGGCUGGUUUUCCGGGUUCACAUCCCAGAGUCCAGCGGCAGGAUCGUCUCCUUGCAGACUGCAUCUAACCCCAUCGAAUGCUCCCAGCGAUCCGCCCAUGAGCUCCCCAUGGUGGAAAGACAAGACAUCGACAGCUGCCUGGUCUAUGGAGGCCAGCAGAUGAUCCUCACGGGGCAGAACUUCACGGCCGAGUCCAAGGUCGUUUUCACUGAGAAGACCACAGAUGGGCAGCAAAUUUGGGAGAUGGAAGCCACGGUGGAUAAGGACAAGAGCCAGCCCAACAUGCUUUUUGUUGAGAUCCCUGAAUAUCGGAACAAGCACAUCCGCACGUCUGUGAAGGUGAACUUCUAUGUCAUCAAUGGGAAAAGAAAACGAAGUCAGCCUCAGCACUUCACCUACCACCCAGUCCCAGCCAUCAAGACGGAGCCCACCGACGAGUAUGACCCCACUCUGAUCUGCAGCCCCACCCACGGAGGCCUGGGGAGCCAGCCUUAUUACCCCCAGCACCCAAUGGUGGCCGAGUCUCCCUCCUGCCUCGUGGCUACCAUGGCUCCCUGUCAGCAAUUCCGCUCAGGGCUCUCAUCCCCUGAUGCCCGCUACCAGCAGCAAAACCCAGCGGCUGUCCUCUAUCAGCGGAGCAAGAGCCUGAGCCCCAGCCUGCUGGGCUAUCAGCAGCCGGCCCUCAUGGCUGCCCCCCUGUCCCUGGCAGAUGCCCACCGUUCUGUGCUGGUGCACACUGGCUCCCAGGGCCAGAGCUCGGCCCUGCUCCACCCCUCUCCCACCAACCAGCAGGCCUCGCCGGUCAUCCACUACUCACCCACCAACCAGCAGCUGCGCUGUGGAAGCCACCAGGAGUUCCAGCACAUCAUGUACUGCGAGAAUUUCGCACCCAGCACUGCCAGGCCUGGCCCACCCCCUGUCAGUCAAGGUCAGAGGCUAAGCCCAGGUUCUUACCCCACCGUCAUCCAGCAGCAAAAUGCCACAAGCCAAAGAGCUGCCAAAAAUGGACCCCCAGUCAGUGACCAAAAGGAAGUAUUACCCCCAGGAGUGACAAUUAAACAGGAGCAGAAUUUGGACCAGACCUACUUGGAUGAUGGCAGGAUCAAAGUCACUGUGAGAGUGAACUCCCUGCAGGUCAACGAGAGUCGACGCUGA